CCCUUUCUGUCGGUGGUCCACAUUUUACACUCUUUGGUUUAGUCGACAUAAUCGAAAAUGGCGGAAUACCUGGCGUCCAUUUUCGGUACAGAGAAAGAUAAGGUGAACUGUUCUUUCUACUUUAAAAUUGGUGCCUGCCGCCAUGGUGACCGAUGCUCCAGAUUACAUAAUAAACCAACUUUCAGCCAGACCAUUGCCCUCUUGAACAUUUACCGUAACCCUCAAAACACUGCCCAGUCUGCCGAUGGUUUGCGCUGUGCCGUCAGUGAUGUGGAGAUGCAGGAGCACUAUGACGAGUUCUUUGAGGAGGUCUUCACGGAGAUGGAGGAGAAGUAUGGAGAGGUGGAGGAGAUGAACGUGUGCGAUAACCUGGGAGACCAUCUGGUCGGAAACGUAUAUGUAAAGUUCCGUCGUGAAGAAGACGCGGAGAAGGCAGUGAUGGAUCUGAAUAACCGCUGGUUCAACGGUCAGCCCAUCCACGCCGAGCUCUCUCCCGUUACCGACUUCAGAGAAGCCUGCUGCCGCCAGUACGAGAUGGGGGAGUGCACUCGAGGAGGCUUCUGUAACUUCAUGCACCUGAAGCCCAUCUCUAGGGAGCUGAGGAGGGAGCUAUACGGACGCCGCAGGAAGAGGGGAGGGGGGCAUCAUUCUCGCUCCCGUUCCAGGGAACGUCGUUCGCGCUCAAGGGACAGAGGAAGGGGAGGUGGAGGUGGACGCGACCGCGAGAAAAGGCGCUCCAGAGACCGAGAACGCUCUGGAAGAUUCUAAACAGAGCAUCUACCAAACAGCCAUCCCUCCCAUCUCCAUUAUCACUCUCCAUCCAUCCCCAAAUCCCUCUAUCCUUGCCUCCAUUGCGGCCUAUCAAUUCACCCUUGGCCCUUUCAUAUAAUUGCGUCCCAAUGACAAAUUAAUUGGAAGAUGUUGGACAUGUUUUUUUUUUCCUUUUUCUUUUUUUUUUCAAGAAAUGGAACGCUUUUCUUUUCAAUAAAAAAAACUAUAUGAUUUGUACAAAUUUCUUCGAAAUAGUUACUCUGGAAAACAAAAAGUAAUGUUUUUAUAGUGAACAGCUAUGAGUAACUUACUUUUGCCUUGAGUCAUCAUGCACUAGACUGGGUUUACUGUAAGUGAGUGAAUUUAAAUACUUCCCAUAGACUCCCAGUAACUUGACUCCCUCAGCUAAUUUCUCACACAGAACAUGCUCAGCUGUGAACUGAGUGUGCACUUGGCUCAAAAAGACAGUUGCCAUAGAUAUGAAGGAUUAUCUCCUAAACCAUAAGCAUAUCAUACCUCUUUUUUUUCCAGUUUCCCAUGCCAACAUUUGCCUGUUUGGAUUAUGUCUACAAGUACAUAUUAUUGACUGUGUUGACCUAUAAUUUUGGAUAAAUUGACUUGGCUGGAGAGGGAGGAGUCAAGGCCAUAGUGUGGUUGAAGUAACACAUUUAAUACAGAAUUCUUCUGGGUACUUACAUUCAAUAUGAGAAUGACAAGAGUGUGCAAAGCUGUCAAGGCAAAGGGUGUUUACUUUGAAGAAUCUAAAAUAUAUUUUAAUUUGUUUAAUACUUUUUUGGUUACUACAUAAUUCCAUAUGUGUUAUUUCAAUGUUUUGAUGUCUUCACUAUUAUGCUACAAUGUAGAAAAUAGUAAAAAUAAAGGAAAACCCUUGAA